AUGGAAAGGCUUGUCACUGUAAAGAGUGUGGCAAAAGUUUCAGUCAGAAAGCAGGCCUCUUCCAACAUCUCAAAAUCCACACCAGAGAAAAGCCAUAUUGGUGUACUGUAUGUGGCCGGUGUUUCCGUCAGAGAUCAGUUCUUACAAAGCAUCAAAGUCUCCACACUAGAGAGAGACCUUUUGAAUGUGUGGAUUGUGGUAAAGCCUUCUGCCCACAGUUCAGACCUCACUGAACAUCAGCGAUUCCACAGCAAAGAGAAACCUUACAAAUGUAAUGAGUGUGGGAAAACCUUCAGGCAAUGUUCACACCUUACUGAGCAUCAGCAAAUUCACAGUGAAGAAAAACCCUAUAAAUGUAAAGUGUGUGGAAAAGCCUUCACUCAGUAUGCAGGACUUAACCAGUACCAGAGAAUCUAUACUGGAGAGAAACCUUUUGAAUGUCCUGUAUGUGGACGAGCCUUUAGCUGGAGCUCAGAACUCAUAAUGCAUCACAGAACCCACUCGGGGGGAAAACCCUAUGAGUGUGCCGAGUGUGGAAAAGCCUUUAGCAUGAGCUCAACCCUGAUCAUACAUCAAAUAAGUCACACUGGAGAGAAAAAAUAUAAGUGUGACGAGUGUGGAAAGACCUUUACUCGGUCAACUGGCCUGCGGAACCAUAAAAGAAUCCACACUGGGGAUAAAACCUACCAGUGUUCUGAAUGUGGGAAGGCCUUCACAAGGGGAGAGCAUCUUAUCGAACACCAGGGGAUUCACAACAAGGUGAAGCCCUAUGAGUGAGAGUGUGGCAAAGCCAGUCAGAAGACAGGUCUGAGUCACCAUCUCAGAAUCCACACAGGAGAGAAACCUUUUGAGUGUUCCAAAUGUGGGCGGGCCUUCAGUUGGAAGUCAGAUCUCAAUAAACAUAAGAGAGUCCACUCUGAGGAAGAACCCUGUCAGUGCGAAGAGUGUGGGAAGGCCUACAGGCAGAGAGCAACGCUGUUCCAACAUCUGAGGGGCCACACUGUGCUAAGCCCCAGCAGCAGAAGGAGCGACCCGGCGUUCACACUCUCAUCCCGCAGCCCUCGCCGGCGGCCCCGCGCGCUGGCGGGCGGCGGGGAGGCCCCCGAGGGCCCCGGGACUCUGGGCUUCCGCGGGGCCCACAGACUCGGUCGCUCCCUGAGGCUGAGCGAAGGCGACCGGACCCAGAGGCCAGACCCGAAGUCCGCAGCGCCCACCCUGCCCGGCGCGACAGGCGUGCGAUCCUCUCCCGUCGUCCCCGGGAUGCUUGGGACGGAUGCACCUGCGCUUCUCCUGCGGUUCGCGACUCAGCGGGGCGGCGGCGGCAGCGCGGGACCCUCCGAAGAGCUGGGUUCGGGCCAAGGCGGGGGAAACCGGAGCGCAGUCCAGUUCCUAGGGUUCUUCACCUUCCUGCACCUCGAGCUCCGCUGA